AUGGACGAAACGCGGAUCUAUGACAACACACCAGAGAUCAAGGAACAAUCGAAACAGUGGGUUUCUUCUGGUGAACGUGCACCAAAGAAGGCCAAGGUGGGUCUGUUGGCCAACAAGGUCAUGGCCACAGUUUUUUGGGACGCACGCGAUAUCAUUCACAUCGAUUACCUUCAGAAGGAAAAAACGACCGCAUUUGUCGAAGAAAAAAGUACAGCGGUGGCAAAAAUCUAUAAAUUGGGCUACGGACUGCUACCUCAUCCAGUAUAUUCUCCAGAUUUAGCUCCAUGCGACUAUUUCCUGUUUCCAAAGCUGAAGAAAUGGCUAGGCGGUAAGAGAUUUGGGUCGAAUAAAGAGGUCAUCACCGAAACAAACUCCUAUUUUGUGGGUCUUGAGAAAACCUAUUAUUUGGAAGGAAUAAAAUAA